UUGCAAGGCCUGCAGCAGCAGCAGCUGCAAAAUCUGCAGCAGCAGCAGCAGCCUCCUCCUUCUCCCAGCCAGAACCAUGUCGGGCAGGUCGGUUCGAGCAGAGACCAGGAGCCGGGCCAAAGAUGAUAUCAAGAGGGUCAUGGCGGCUAUCGAGAAAGUGCGCAAAUGGGAGAAAAAAUGGGUGACUGUGGGCGACACAUCCCUACGGAUCUACAAGUGGGUCCCGGUGACGGAGCCAAAGGUGGAUGACAACAAGAACAAGAAAAAGGGCAAAGAUGAGAAGUGCGGCUCAGAGGUGACCACCCCAGAGAACAGUUCUUCCCCCGGGAUGAUGGAUCUGCAUGAUGACAACAGCAACCAGAGUUCGAUAGCAGACGCCUCGCCCAUCAAACAGGAAAACAGUAGCAAUUCGAGUCCAGCCCCAGAGCAGAACUCAGCAGCACAACCAGACAACGCCGAAGUCAAGUCAGACGAGGCUCCGUUGGAGGCAAAGGAGCAGCCUGGAUCCGAAGAUACUUUGGACGAACAGAAUUCACAGUCGUCGGUGGAAAAUUCAACGAACAGUUCAGAGAAAGUGGAAAUGCAACCGUCUGGAGACAAUGAUAUAACUACAGAAGCAUCAAAAAACUCUCAGGAUUCGGAAGGAGUGCCACCUUCUAAAAAGAUGAAACUAGAGGCUUCCCAACAAAACGCUGAAGAGAUUUAGACACUAAAUUAGAUUUUCUGCUCCAGUUUUAUGUAAGGUACAUCAGUGGGCUUAAUUCUAGAACAACAACCUUACCUAAGCAUCUUCUCUUGGAUGAGGACAGGACUCCUAACUUUUCAAGUUUACCAAGCAAAAUCCAAGAAAACCUAGAAAGGUGUAACUUCUCAGACACUGAAAAACUUUUUUCCUGUGAAGCAAACAUUCAGAACUUUUAAGUUACUGUCUCUGGAAAGGUUGGAAUCAACAACUCAGGAGGGUCUACGCACUGUUUCUAAAGUCAAGAUUACAUUUAUGUUGCUGCUGUAUUUUUCAUUUCUCUAUUUAACGAUGUAAGAUAUUUAAGGAUGGUACAGGUCAGGUAUGAAUUAGCUUUUUGUGUGGAAUUUUAAUUGUUCUGGCAAUUCUGUCUGCUUCGUUUUUGUGCCUUUUUUUCUCGUUGUUUUGCAUCUCUCCCUCGCAAAGUGCCCUCUUCUUUUUAUGAUGCCAUCGGCUCCUUAGUGACCCUCUCCCCUUGCCCGGGGAAUAAAAGAGACCGAGAAAAAGGCAGCGAUUUUUCUCCUUGGGAGGGUCUGCUGCUUUGAACACAUGUUUCUGCCGCAGAAGUGGCAAUGGCCACGUGACCCUGACCUGGAGUUAUUGUGCUCUCUCCCCGAAGACUGGUCUGGGCACAGGAUGGUCUGGGCACCUGGAGUGGUGUCCACUCGACUGGGCCAGACCCUGCUGGAUCAUGCCUUGCCAGUGUAGAUCUAGAGGAGGGGGUGGCGAGCAAAUGUUUGUCAAAUUGCGGUGGACCAGCCCUUGGCAGUUUUUGUCUUAGGAGGAUUUUAGUACAUCCUUCUUUCUCCCAAAAUGGCAGCUCGCAGGCACUCGGGGCCCAGUCUUCAUGUACUGGGUGCCCUGUGUGCCCCCUUAUUCCGAGGAUCCCGGACAGGCUGUAGGUGGUGAGGAUGGUGAUGCCCUCAUCACGUGGCAUUGUAAGGGAGACGUCUCACAGGCUGCUCUCUCAAUUACCGGUAUUUGAUUGAUGGAUCCCUGGUUUUGACUGAUCUCUCAUCUCUCUCUGGGCAGUUAAAGCUUUGUCACCUACAAAGCCGACCCCACCUUGGCUGAAGGCGGCAGGGUUGGGGCUGAUAAAAUGAAAACGCCUUUCCUUAGACUUGUUUCAGAGCUUCCAACCCUCACUUUCCCAAACCCAGCUUACCUUUUCCGGGUCUCAAGAGGUGAAAAGGGCAUGUGUUCCCAUUGCUGUUGGGCUGUGAAGGCUAGAAGAGGGUUUGGGGGUGGGGAGGGUGAGCGGAGUGACCGGGGAGAAGCUGGUGCUGACGUUGCUUGGAAUUGAAGUCCAAAGUAACUUGCUGCCCUACCUCUCUCCCUUUCCCUCACCCACCCAGCUGGAGAAGCCAGCACUUCCGCUCCACCGAAAUCAACUCUGAAUUUUAUUUUCCCCCAGCUCAACUCAAGCCAACAGAUUGCUCCUCAGUCCCGCAGGCAGCACUGUCCUAAUAGGAUCGGGUCUCCUGGGACAGGGAUAGGAGUCUGGAAACAGGGCUCUGAGGAGUCAGAAAUGAUAUUUGCACACUGGACGGAGAAGAACAGUAGAAGUCCCCUUGCCUUUAUUAGUUUAGACCCCUUUCUAUACAGAGGUAGAUGCCUAUAAUCACUGAUCGCCACUUCAGUAAUGUAGGUUAGUAAAGCCAGAUUUUAAAGAUGGUAUUUUGUGAGGGAGAUUCCACUGUUUGCUCAUAUAUAAUAUAGGCAAAUGAAAAAAACUACUAUAUGAAAUCUUCACACCUUUAAAUGAUCUUCUGGUUAUCUUCAUUCUCUCACGCUUUUGAGUUGGGGGUUUUUUAAUGCUCACUGUGCAUUCUUCAGGCACCACGUCUAAGUCGACUUUUUCUACUGACUACCAUCUAAAUGUGCAUCAAAAGGAUCUCCGGAUUUGAUUUUCUACAGGUGCGAGGAUUUGGGUGUGAUUUUUAAGUGAGUCAAUUCCUGGACUUCAAGAAGGAAUACAAUUCCUGCAUUUCAAAUACCUCAUGCAAAUUUCUCCUGAAAAAGGGGAAAAACGAAAAUCUUGAAGUUACCGAUACUGACAGGUUACUCGCUUUUAGUCGAUAGUCAUGAAUUUCUUCCCAGAGAACUGAGAACUGUCCAUCGUGAUGUGGAAAACAAAGGGAUAUCUUCUCCUGGAUCACCUUUUGGCUCUACCUGUAAAUUAUUCAGUAACUUUCCUUUUCAGCUAAUCACUCUUUUGACAGGAUUAUGGUGCAUUUGGUUGUUUCUCCUUGUUUUGUAUUUCUUUUGGGAAACCAGAGGCUACGGCACAGACAGCUGGAGAAGCAAAACAAAGCAGGUCGGUUUGGGUUGCUUAAAUCCAUUAAUGCUAGCCCUUCCCAAAGGGCCAGAGGGCUUGACAUUACUGAGGAUGAAGAAAUCCAAAAUAGCAUUAAAGACUGUUGUUAGUCUUUCUCUGAAGUGCCUGAAAAUAGGAAUGGGCCAGUCAAUGUGACAAUACUGAUGCUGUCGUGCCAAGCAGAUUUGACAUACUAAAGGCAAGGAAGACAGUCUGGUAGACCUGCCCGUUCGAGGGGCAAGACGGUCCCGGAUCUGGUGACCCAAGGAUCUCCGGUUGGUACCGUCUGGGAGAAAUGCGACCAUCUGGGUGUCCUCUCCGUCGCUCACUCGACGCUGGGCUCUUCAGUUCCUCGCUACUGACCAUAGGAAGCAGGAGUGGAGGCCUUCCACUCAUCAGACACUAGGCCGAAACGGUGCAGAGGGAGAACUUGUACCUUGGGAUUUUUUUUGUGCUUGGGAAGCCGCGGUUAGACAUUCCAAAAAGUGCUGGCACUUACCGAAACACAGAAUCCACAAGGCCGAAUACAAUAUUUGUUUAGGGUGGUGACCUCCUUUCAUAAACAGUGUAAUGGCUUGGAAUGUUCUUUAUAUCGAAGGACCUGUUAGAAGGUGUAAAGAAUUUUGUUUUUCAAUACUUAAUCAUUUUUCAUCUUAUGAUUUUUUUUGUGUGUGUGUGUUGUACAGCAGUAUAAUUUUUUCACUUAUUUAUUCCAUCGGUAGAUAUGGUUUGUACAAUGUACAAUGGUUCCAUUUCAAAAGUAAAAAUAAAAAAAAAAACAC